CGCGGCGUCCAGGCGGCGGCGGCGGCGACGGCGGCGGCUCCUCAGUGUCCGGCUCAAGCUCCGGCUGCAGCUCUGGCUCGCGAUGCCCCACUCGGUGACCCUGCGCGGCCCUUCGCCCUGGGGCUUCCGCCUGGUGGGCGGCCGGGACUUCAGCGUACCCCUCACCAUCUCGCGGGUCCAUGCUGGCAGCAAGGCUGCCCUGGCUGCCCUGUGCCCUGGAGACCUGAUCCAGGCCAUCAAUGGUGAGAGCACAGAGCUCAUGACACACCUGGAGGCGCAGAACCGCAUCAAGGGCUGCCAUGACCACCUCACACUCUCCGUGAGCAGGCCUGAAGGCAGGAGCUGGCCCAAUACCCCAGAGGACAGCAAGGCUCAGGCACACAGGAUCCACAUCGAUCCCGAGGCCCAGGAUGGCAGUCCAGCGACAAGCAGGUGGCCCUCAGCCACGGGCCUUGGGCCAGAAGAUGGCAGGCCAGGCCUGGGAUCUCCUUACGGGCAGUCACCUCGCCUCCCAGUCCCUCACAAUGGCAGCAGCAGUGAGGCUACUUUACUGGCCCAGAUGGGCACCCUGCACGUGUCUCCACCCCACAGCACUGACCUGGCCAGAGGCCUUUCGCGGAGCCGCGACUGCGGAGUAGACCUGGGCUCAGAGGUGUACAGGAUGCUUCGGGAGUCGGCGGAGCCCACGGCUGCGGAGCCCAAGCAGUCAGGCUCCUUCCGCUACUUGCAGGGCAUGCUAGAGGCCGGCGAGGGCGGGGAACGGCCCGGGCCUGGCGGCCCCCGGAACCUCAAGCCCACGGCGGGCAAGCUAGGCGCUCCGCUGAGCGGCCUGCAGGGGCUGCCGGAGUGCACGCGCUGCGGCCACGGCAUCGUGGGUACCAUCGUCAAGGCGCGGGACAAGCUCUACCACCCCGAGUGCUUCAUGUGCAGCGACUGCGGCCUGAACCUCAAGCAGCGGGGUUACUUCUUUCUGGACGACCGGCUCUACUGCGAAAGCCACGCCAAGGCGCGCGUCAAGCCGCCUGAGGGCUACGACGUGGUGGCGGUGUACCCCAAUGCCAAGGUGGAACUCGUCUGAGCCGCUCCCGGAACCUCCCAUCCCCGACUCUGCUUUUUUUAAUGUCCCCGCGCACCCGUGUAAAUAUGUUUGCGCCCUGCGUCUCUAAUAAACUCCCUCUGCUUGGC